AGCAGCCUAGGCAUGCGCAGUAGUCCCGUAAGUCCGCCAUUGAGGAGACACGAUCUGAGAAACAGGUCAGAUGCAUUAAACAGACGCCUGUCACGUUUCGCUGUCCACGAGCUCUGAAGUUCGACGGUUGCAUAUUUAUUUUAGCUAAACACCUUUUUUACGGCAUCUUCAUAAAUCGCGAAGCUGUAUUUUUCUCUCGGGAGAGACGUUAAUGGACCCACACAGUCCCGAACGGAUAUUUUAGUAGCGGUCUAGGGCGAAGAGAGCGAGCGUGUCCCUCAGCGCAAAGCGUGCUAGUGGGUUAAGCGAACCGAGCUUGGCUCUGGUCUGGGGGCUCUGGGGUUUGAUGGAUCCUAGAAUCGCCUGGUUUCAGCCAGAACAGCGCGGACCUGCCAACAACCUGUGGAUGCAAAUCUGGGAAACGACACAGACGCUGGGAAAUCUCUACUUUAACAACAACUGCAACACCGCCAGUGCCAAACCGACUAACAACGGCAGCAGCAGCGAGCCCAAGGAUCAGCAGGGGAUGUCUGGAUCCAAACCUGACAGUGAGGUCGCCGAUCAACUAGACUUUAUUCCGCUGGAAACAAAUAACAAUAACAGCAGCAGGGCUGUGGUGACCAGGGGUGUUGGCGGAGGGGGGCAAGUGGGUGGAAGUGGGGUCGUCGGAUUUGGAAGGGGGCUCCCCAACAAGAGGAAACGAGACAACAAGGCGAGCACCUUCGGCUUUAACAGGAGCCUGCUGACAGCUGGGGAAGCGCAGAUCUACGCGGGCACACCGUGGAAGAACAGAAACUACGAUGGCAUCGUGGGGCUGCAUGAAGAGAUAAAGGACUUUUAUGAAUACAUCUCUCCUCGCCCAGAGGAAGAGCAAAUGAGGCUGGAGGUGGUGGCCAGGAUCCAGAGAGUCAUCAAGGACUUGUGGCCCAGUGCCGAUGUUCAAGUAUUUGGCAGCUUCAGCACGGGCUUGUACUUGCCUACAAGUGACAUAGACUUGGUGGUUUUUGGGAACUGGGAGACUUUGCCUCUGUGGACUCUUGAAGAGGCGCUACGCAAGAGACAAGUUGCAGACGAGAACACUAUCAAAGUUCUUGACAAAGCGACGGUCCCCAUCAUCAAACUCACAGACUUGCACACAGAGGUCAAAGUGGACAUCAGCUUUAAUGUGCAAAGUGGUGUUAAAGCUGCAAAGCUUAUCAAGGACUUCAAACAGCAAUACCCUGCGUUACCGUACCUGGUGAUGGUUUUAAAGCAGUUUUUACUGCAGAGAGAAUUGAAUGAGGUUUUCACUGGAGGAAUCGGAUCCUACAGUCUAUUCCUUAUGGUGGUCAGCUUCUUACAGCUUCAUUACCGAGAGGAUGUGAACAGUCCAAACACAAACCUGGGUGUGCUAUUGAUAGAGUUCUUUGAGUUGUAUGGUCGGAAUUUUAACUACCUGAAAACGGGGAUCAGGAUCAAAGAUGGUGGCUCGUAUGUGGCUAAAGAUGAAGUGCAGAGGGGCAUGCUGGAUGGGUACAGACCCUCUAUGCUUUACAUUGAGGAUCCUUUGCAACCAGGAAAUGAUGUCGGACGAAGUUCAUAUGGAGCGAUGCAGGUGAAAGAGGCUUUUAAUUAUGCUUACCUUGUCUUAGGUCACGCUGUGUCUUACAUUGCCAAGCACUACCCCAACAACAAGUUUGAGAGCAUUCUGGGUAGAAUAAUCCGUGUCACCCAGGAAGUAGCAGACUACCGUGACUGGAUCAGUAAAAACUGGGUCCAGCAAAGAGACAAUGAGCCUGCCCUCAACUGUAAUGGAAAUGAUGUCACUCUACUAGUUGAGGCUGAGGAUGAAUGUAAUAAUAACUUUUCAGAGGAAGUUGAUGAGCUUCUUCCAGUCUCCAGAAGCAAAGUGUCAUCCAGUUCCUCCUCUUCUUCUCCUUCAUCAUCAACAUCACCAUCAACGUCUCCAUCCUCAACAGCUUCCAGCUCAAGCGAUGCGGACUCCGAUGGAACGCCGUGUAAGACUGCAAAAGCACUGGGUGGGCGGGGCUCCGGCACUCACAGCGAGGGUACUGAGAGAAAUCUGUCCAAUCACAGAUCGCAGAAUCAUUCAACGCCAAUGCAAACACCCACUAAUAAGGGCAGUAAGAACCGACAGCGUGCUAACGCUAAAAGUGCUCAAGGGCCACAGAACAAUCCCAACAAGAUACAACAAAACAGCAAGCCUCAUCACAAAGUCAUUGUGAAGAAGAGGAAACCCCAGGGUGAGGCAGCGCUGAAGGACCUGUGUAGAUAGGAGGCGCUGUUCUUGUAGACUCACACCUGCUCUUACCGUCUCUGACCACAGGGGAGCACCGAUGGUAUCAUUUAUCUCUCCUGUUCCACUGUUCAGGGGCUACGUGUAACUCUGGAAAAGAAAAAAAAAACUUUUAUUAGGGGUUUAGUCCACUGAAUUUAAAUCAUGUGGGAGAGUUUUGCACAGCUUCUGUUCACUGCCCAUAGAGGAGCUGCUUUGCUCUGCUGAAGGACUCCCUUUGGUAAUGUGGAGGACCGGAGAAUGUAGGAGAGAGAGUUCAACUUGAGCAAUACCUGAUACCCCAGACUUUUACCUCACUGAGGAAAACUGAAACUUAAAAAAAAGACUUUGAUUACAAAAAAGAUGUGUUAUAUUGAAAGUACAAAGAUUUUUAAAUGUCUAUAAAAACAUGGAAAAUGUAAUGAGUACAAAAAGAAAUUAUGCAUGUUUUUUUUGUUCCUUUUUUGAAGAGUGGUUCUUUUUGGUCAUGUACAAGAGGAUAAUAAUACAAAUAUUUGUACAAAAAAAAAACUAAACAUAAAACAUAAAAAGCUUUAAAAAAAUGUUUAAAAAAAGAAAAAUACAUGAUCAAAACUUGGAAAUGGUUUCAUAAGACUUUUAUAGCAUUGUUCAAAUUUACCUAUGCUAUAAAUAUAAACAUAUUAGCACUGCGGUUCCUCAAAGCUAUGUACGGGUUUGGGUUCAAUUGCCAACAUUAUUCAUCAGCCUCUGUUAUUAUGUUGUGUUUGUGUAAUGUUUCGGUAGGGCAAUGUCGGCAACUGAAAGAGAGAGUGUUAGUAGUUGACCGCAACAUCCACUGCACACUGUGUGCGUGUGUGUAUUGAAGUGCAAGUAUAAAACUGUGCUUACAUGAGUUUUGCUGUCUUUCACAGAGAGUUGAAGUGUGUUGAUGUAGACAUUUGAAAACACUAUCAACAUUGCCAUGUUUAAAAGAUUACAGCAUCUCUAGUGAUCUGCCCAUAGGAAUUUAUAUUUGUUAACGUAUUUAUUUUUUUAUCAGUGACGUUUAACAUUUGGAUUUAUGUAUGCUUUUGUUAGAGGCCAGAUGUUUUUGUCCCGUCUUAGGGCUGAGUGACAAUGAUUGUUGCUUUUCAUGUAGUGUGCAAUUUUCUUUUUCUUUUUUCUAAUAACCAUUGAGUGACCAAGUUUAUUUCUGAAAUCUGAAAUUAACAUUUUAAGAGAUAUAGAAAAAGUGAUGUAAGUAUUUUAAUUUGUGGCUGGUCUACUUAAAGGGAGGUAAGUUUUUUUUGUGUGUAAAAUAAUUUUUAUUUUGUUUAUUUUAUUUUAUUUUUUCAUUCCACUGGAUCUUGAUGUCUUGCGAAAGAAAGCCUGUGCUCUGAACCUGUUAAUGCAGUUCUUAAAAUGAACAGUAGGUGAUGGUAUAACUUAAUUCUACUUCAUACACUGUAACUCCCAAUUGACUUUCCUCUUUUUGGUUUAGUUAUGCCAGCAGGUGUAUGUUUAAGAGAUGAUGGCUUUUGAUCAGGCAAUAUUAGUUCUCCACCUGCAUUGUGAAGCUCUAUAUGAGAUAACGCCCUAUCAAAGCCAGUAGUGUCUUAAAACCAGAUGGAUAUCAUUGGAAAAGACUAACAGAGAUUUAGAGAUAGAACAGUUUGAAGUUCUUCAGUGCCACGGCAAAUGCUCCAACAGUUCACAUUACAUGUAUCCAUGAUUGGCUCCAAUUGAUGCAAUAAAAUUACAGCACAACUAUCAAAUAUCAAGGUGGUAUGUUUACUAUUUUAACCUGCAAGUGCAUUCAGUCUAUACAUUUGUUAUCAGCAUGUAUGUUCCUGUUUUUUGAAAGAUUGCUAUGGAUUUUAUAGGUUUUGACAAUGUCCUGUCUUGGUAUAAAUGUUUAGCUGCCAUCAAGCUAUAGCUAAUUGCAAAUAUAUAGCUGAGCUGACACCUAAUGCCCCUAAAAGGCAGCUGGUACAACAGUGCGUCCUAAUGGAAACCUGAUAUUAAGCACACUGCUCAAGAUAAUUUUAUUUUUCUGAAUUAGCUAAGACCCAAGGCAAUUAAUGUCCUACAAUCCAGCACACAAACUAAUUUUCCCACAGAAAUACUGUUACCCACUUUUAACAACAAGCAGGGUCUAAACAGUGUUUCAUCAUGUUGGGCACACGUGACGUUUAACUUGUAACUGAAAGCAUUCAUAAUGUUAAAUCAGUUACAAUAUUAAGGCUGAAGGAUUGAGAUUAAAACUAAAGAAGUGAUGCACAUAAUUUGUUCAGGUUAAGCUGUGCCUGAGAUAGGUUCAAAUUUUUCUUUUCGUCCUGUCUUUGGUAUAGUCAUACCUUGCUAUUUUUGUGGUUGUGGUUUGGGAACAAUUGUUGCUGCUUGCAGUCAUGUCUCAAAAAGCAGUUACCAAAUAGUAAAAAAAUGGCAGAGAUACUGUUUCCUAUUACUUUUUGUAAAUUUCCUACUGAUAUUGUCUGUCUGUGGGGAGGGUUUAAGCAAUUCCAGCUGGUUCACUAAUAUGCACAAAUUGCCGUUUUUCAUGGUUUUCUAUAGACUUACCAAUAGUCGCUUCUUAGGUAAUAUUGUCAAUCCCAAAAUACAUAUUCAUGAACAAUAUAUAUAUAAACAAUAUACAUAAUUAUAUUUUAUUAUAUUAAUGUUAUUAUUUUUAUAACAUUUUCAUGAUUGAUCUGUAUUCUGAAGAAUUUGUGUUGAAUCAUCAAUUGUAUGACUGUGAUCACCCAUUUUAUGUGUCAUAGGAUAGCCUUAGGACAUCAAUAUGUUUUGUAUAUUUUUUGUGUGAAUGCAAAUGGUGGGAAGCUCAAAGCUCAAUCUGUAACUCUUUUUGACUUAAUCAGAGGAAAGAUCUGUAUUCUACAAUAAUAAAAUGCACUUUCAAACCCGAAA